AUGUCACGGCCGACUGUGGCCGACCUCACCGGCGACCAUGUCAUCGCACAACUCGCUCGCAAGCACUGGCUCACCAAGUCGUCCCCAAAAGUGCUGCCGGAGACAGUGAAAGAGCUGUGGGAGGCUGUAGAAGCCGACACAACACCUCCCUUUGCUCUCUUACUACUGGAACAACUACAGACCCUCGAGCGAUUCCUAUGGCCCGGCUACGGCCAGGAGAGUUCGAAUCAGCAUGUCCUGCUACUGGCAUUGCUGGUCAAUGUCAAGCGAACAGAACAAUUACCCGUCUGGUCCCUCUUCGCAGAACGACCGGACCACUUCUCCACCUUCUACCGCCGCAUCACACACUUGAGUCUUGAUCAGUCGCUCUCGACUCCCAUACGCACGCAACUGCUUGUCUUCUUAGUCGGAGCGUUCCAGAGUCUGGAUAGCGGGAUUGUGCGCCGAGAGUGUGCACCCUUAGUUUCAGUCGGGAUAUGGCAUCAUCUGCACAGUGAGCGAUCGAGGGAACAUAUCCUGGCGAAUAGUGUGCAAGGGCAGAAGGCGUGGAGGGCGGCGGGGAAGAAGUACGAGAAUGCGGAUGCGUCUGGGCAGGCGAGGUUGCGGUUCGAGAGGAGCUGGCUGUAUACUCUGGCGCUGGACUUCCUGGAUAAGCUCUACGAUGUUGAUGGCGCGGCGGAGCGGAGGCAGGAGAAUAUGCUGUAUUGCGAGCGAUUCAUGGAGUUGCUUUGUGAUCUGGAGUCACAGCUACCCACGAGACGAUACGUCAAUACGCUACUGCGAGACCUGAACAUACUCUCUGCAAUCAAGCUCUCGCCGCUUUACCAGGACGCCGACGAUAUUGCUCUUUUACGGGAUAUGACGCAGCUGUUGCAGCAUUACAUGUACUUUCCCAUUGACGACCAGACCGGCAAGGAGCUCAGCCAGCAGGAGUAUGAGGAUGCGCAUAAUGCUCGUAUAGCACGAUUGCAGAAUGUGGCGCUAAAGCUGCAUCCUGAGACGCUUAAGAUUCUGGUGCUGGCGAAUUAUGGAUCGCUUUCGCAAAAGGGUGAACUACUUGGUCAUCUCCAGGCGCUGAAUGAGGAGCAGUUUGUGGAACUAUGUGGCGAACUUCUUUUGCGGACUUCGUAUCCGGAAAAGUCAUUGGUUCUGCAAGAUCGACAAUUCUUUAACGAGGUGCUUGCCUCGCUUAUCGAACAACACGCACUAUACACGGAAACCGUGCGAUCGACUGCCAUCCUGCCUACGGAGAAUACGUUAUACGAGCUGUCGAGUCUCCGAGCAGGUGGCUAUGACGGGAGCAGACCUCUAGCCAUACCUAAGCUUAACUUGCAGUACCUGACCCUGGGCGACUUUCUAUGGCGAUCCUUCACGCUGUACCGUAGCGAAGCCUUCUUCGAGAUCCGCAAGCAUGUUCAGGAUGUCAUCAAGAAGCUUCAGCCACGAUUGCAAGGUACAAAUACACGUCUCGAAGGUCUCUCGAAAAUGGCUAUACCGAUUGGCAAGCCUGCUGUCACUCAGACUCAACCGGCGAAGGUGGGUGAGGAUGUUCUGGGAGAGGUACAGGUCGAGGUCUCGCUGGAUGUUAGUCGUCUACAGCCUGGUCUGAGACGAGAGUGGGAGGGCUUGAGGCCGGAUGAUGUCGUGUACUUGAUUGCUGUGCAACCCACGGAGACGGAGAAGCGGCUUACGAAUGGCACUUCCUUCCAGUCACCUGCUGAGAAAGCUGGGAUCAAAGCUUUACGCUGCGCCGAGGUCGUUAGUGUGCUUGACGAGCAAGGGCGGAUCCUACGACACGAUCGCAAUUCGCGGAACGAUGACUUUGAUCGCCCAAGGCAGCGACGACUGUUGCUGAGACUGGAUGCUACGGCUUACCAACUUGACAAGGAACGAGCUGAGGCUGGAAAAGGAGACGUACUGGACAGUAUUAAUCUUGUUGUGCGACGUACUGCUAGGGAAAACAACUGGAAGCCGAUACUGGAAAGUAUCAAGCAGCUCACACUGAGCAACGAUAGACCGGUGCCGGCAUGGCUGCGUGACGUCUUCCUUGGCUAUGGCGAUCCUUCUUCGGCCUCAUACAAGCGUCUCCCGAGCAGGCUAAAGAGUGUCGACUACCGCGACACACUCCUAGAUUGGCAGCACCUGAUCGAAACCAUGUCCGGCAAGACCGUCGAACCCGAUCCAGGCGCUGAUGCCAGCUUCCCACCACCUUACGUCCUCGAAGCUGUGACCGACCAGUCGCAAGCACCUCCUCCACGCACAAGCAAGAAGCGGAGACGAGACCAACCGGAUGGGCCUGAGCCAGCACAGGUCAUUGAGUCGGUGAGAGUCAGCACGUAUACGCCACCGAAUCCUGGUCCUUACCCAACAGAUGCACCCAAGCUGAAUACCGUCCGCUUCACGCCGUCGCAGGUCGAUGCUAUCACUUCUGGCACACAACCUGGAUUGACUGUUAUUGUUGGUCCACCGGGUACAGGGAAGACAGAUGUCGCGACGCAGAUUAUUAGUAACAUCUACCACAACCACCCUCAGCAGCGGACACUGUUGAUAGCACAUUCCAAUCAAGCACUCAACCAGCUGUUUCAGAAGAUCGUGGCGCUGGACAUCGAUGAGCGGCAUUUACUGCGGCUUGGCCAUGGCGAGGAGGAGCUAUCUGGAGAUGUCAGCUUCAGCAAGGCCGGUCGUGUCGACUCUUUCCUCGAGCGAGGGAGCGAAUAUCUUGCUGAUGUCCAGCGGCUGGCUGCGAGUAUUGGUGCACCAGGUGCUCACGGCAAUAGCUGCGAGACAGCUGAAUACUUCGACCAAGUCUACAUCCGCCCACGCUUCAAACAAUACUGGAACGAAGUAAACGCCACCCAGGCCGACCCCGCCUCGACCUUCCCCUUUCUCCCUUUCUUCGCCGAUGCGCCCCAGCCACUCUUCCCUCCCAAUGCGAGCAGAGACCAGCACCUCGACAUCGCCCGCGGCUGCGAAACACAUAUCCGGAAAGUCCUCGACGAGCUCGCUGAGAUCCGACCCUUUGAGCUUCUGCGCCAUCAGAGGGACAAGUCGAACUAUCUUCUGGUGAAGGAGGCGCGGAUUAUCGCUAUGACGUCCACGCAUGCGGCGAUGCGGAGACGGGAGAUUGCGAAUCUGGGAUUUAGGUACGAUAAUGUGGUUAUGGAGGAGAGUGCGCAGGUCACGGAAACGGAGUCUUUCGUUCCGUUCGUUAUGCAAGACCUCGCCCGCUCCGCAGACCCCACCACCAGCAGCAAAAACAAGAAGGAGAAGCCGGGUGAGGAAGCCGGUGGUCUCCAACGCAUAAUCCUCAUAGGCGACCACCUCCAAAAUUCUCCCAUCAUCCCCCACGCCGCUUUCAGGACCUACGCCCACCUUGACCAAUCGCUCUUCCUCCGCCUCAUCCGCCUAGGAGUCCCCUCCAUCACUCUCUCAGCCCAAGGCCGCUCCCGACCCAGUCUCGCCGAACUCUAUAGAUGGCGCUAUCCCUCCCUCACGAACCUCCCCUUCACGUCCUCCAACCCCGAAUUCGUCUGCGCGAACGCAGGGUUAAAGUACGAGUACCAAUUCAUCGACGUCCCGGAUUACAAAGGCCAGGGUGAAACGGAACCGAGUCCGCAUUUCUUCCAGAAUUUGGGCGAGGCGGAGUAUGCGGUUGCGCUGUUUCAGUUUAUGAGAUUACUUGGAUAUCCGGCGGAGAGGAUCAGUAUUUUGACCGCUUAUGCGGGUCAGAGGGCGUUGGUGAGGGAUGUGCUUCUGCAUCGGUGUAAAGGGAAUAGACUGUUCGGGAUGCCCGGGUGGGUCGGGACGGUGGAUAAGUAUCAGGGGAUGGAGAAUGAUUAUGUGAUUUUGAGUUUGGUGAGGACGAAGGGGGUGGGGUAUUUGAGGGAUUUGAGGAGGUUGACUGUUGCGUUGUCGAGGGCGAGGUUGGGGUUGUAUGUUCUUGGACGGAGGGAGGUGUUUGAGGGGAGUUUGGAGAUGGGGGAGGCGCUGGGGGGGCUGUUGGCGAGGAGUGGGAAGUUGGAGGUUGUGGCGGGAGAGAUGUUCCCGGCUACUAGAGGUGUGGCGGAUGAAGUGCAGGGAACUGUGAUGGAGGGUGUGGAGCAUCUGGGUCAGUAUGUUUAUGAGAUGACGCAGGCGAAGGUUAAGGCUCUUAAGGAGGGAGGUGGGAGUCUGCCGCCUGCUGCUAUUGAGAGUGCUCACCAUGAUGAUCAAGAUGAGGAGGAGGAGGAGGAGGAGGGGGGGAUGGAUCGCUUGGAUGAGGCGGAUCAGGAGGAUGUGGUUGGGUAG